AUGUCGGUGAAGCACACCGUCGCGGACCCGCGCCAACUGCAGCUUGCGAAUGCGAGCAGUGAGGGCAGAGGUUUCUUUGACUUCCCGGCCGAGACGCGCUCAGCGCCACCCUCGCGCUCGGGGCGUCCGCCCACCGCGCUGGUGGCCGGAGGUGCCAGCUCCCUGCGACCCAUUCCGGAGACCGUUUCGCUGUGCAACGAGCCGACAAGCGCCUCCGGGCCGGUCGCCACGCGGAGCGGCAAGGAGCCAUGGCGCUCCCCUGCAGUGACGGAGUUCGCUCGUGGUCUUGAGACAGGCAAAGUCGAGGCCAUGGUGCUACAUGGGCCGCGAGGCCUGGCACUGCGGGCAGCAGGCGAGGUGAAGGAUCACCAAGUCGCCACCAAGGUUGUGGCCGAGAUCGAGGCAAAGAAGCAGGAGCAGAAGGCGAUCGAGCAGGGCCCGUCCAUUGACCUGGCAGAGCACAGCACGUAUCGCUACAACAAAUCCCGUCGCAACGCGGUGCCCCGGGCAGAAGACCUGGUUCUCGCCGUGCCCUCGGCGCCGCUGCGCGAGGCGCCGGCGUUUGGCGCCGUCUACGAGUACAGGGAUGCCUGCGGAACUGCCAAAGUGGUUGCCUCGACCGCCUCCAUGCCGGAACGCCAGUUCGCGCUGGACCAGCGCCACUACGAGCAUAGCCUGCCUGCGAAGACGAACCCAAAUCUGGUUUGGGUGGGCGUCUCUGGUGGCAGGCGGAAUGGCUAUGGAACUCCUUGA